GCUUCAUAUGCAUGCUUCUGACGUCGUCGAAUUGAUCAUCACACCUACAACAUAAAUAACGUUCCGAACAGUCACCGACAAUUAUUGAGGUCUAAAAUUAUGUUCAAUGAGUCUUUACCGUGUAUACCAUGCAUACUCGCCAACAGUUUCCUCAAUACUUGCUCUCUGGGCUGCUUGUGCUCGAUCGAGCCUGCCCUGCACUCAUCACGUUUUCUCAGAUAUCGUAGAGCUCAAGCAACAAACAGUCAGACUGGACUCAAGAACCUUCCGCCAAGAGCUUUCCGUCGCCGGCACCGAAGUGGUAAACUUCGGUACCAGACUAUUAGAUGUGACUUGUCAUGAGGACCUGCCUCUGUAGAGGGUGAUUAUCGGCAUACCAGAGGGGUACAAUAGAGGCUGGCAGCUCGAGAACAGAGUUAUGCGCGUGGAACAAGAGUGCACAUGGUUUUUCCGAAACUUCGACUCGUAUUCUUUCUUCCGUGUACCCAAUUAGUCGUACGUUGUCGUAGCAUUGCGACCCACCGACAUUGGAGCCCAUGGUGACCCAGGGCGAUGUUCAUUAAGCCGGAACUUUCUCGCUUCAAAACAGCACAAGAUGAUAUCCAUAUCGGAAUCAAUUCGGGGUUGCGUUGUCAACAAAAAGGAGAGCGACAGAGAGAUAUAGCCAUCAGCUUGAUCUCGUCCUCAGGCCAGUUUUCCUAACCUCUCCACCAACUUCUCGUCAUGUUUUCUUUCACUAGUCUUCUCACCGCUUGCGCCGUCAUCACCGGUACCCUCGCAUUUCCCUGGACUGCUGACCAGUUUAACACCACCCUCACCCCACGCGCCGGUACUCCAAGUGAGACCGGGACCAACAACGGUUUUUACUACUCUUUCUGGACCGACGGUGGAGGGGAUGUGACCUACACCAACGGUGAUGCCGGCUCUUACAGUGUCCAGUGGACAAACUGCGACAACUUCGUUGCCGGAAAGGGCUGGAAUCCCGGUGCCUCCAGAUCCAUCUCUUACACCAGUACCUUCGCGCCAAGUGGCAACGAGUAUCUUUCCGUCUACGGCUGGUUUGAGAAUCCGCUCGUCGAAUACUACAUCGUCGAGAGUUUUGGCAGCUAUGACCCUAGCACCGGCGCUACACAGCUCGGUUCAGUCACCUCUGAUGGCUCCGUCUACAAUAUCUACCGUACUCAGCGCGUCAACGAGCCCUCCAUCGAAGGUACCGCGACGUUCUACCAGUACUGGUCCGUUCGUCAGACCCACCGUACAAGCGGGACCGUUACCGUCGCCAAUCACUGGAGCGCGUGGGAGGGGGCCGGCUUGACACUUGGCUCGCCCAACUACCAGAUCCUUGCGACGGAGGGAUACCAGAGCAGUGGUUCUAAUUCAGUUACGGUUAGUGACGGUACGACGAGCCCAUCUAGCGCUCCAGCACCGACUAGCACGUCUGCGGGUUCUGCUCCGACCUCGUCCUCCCCUCCAUCAGGAUCUUGCUCCGCCCUCUAUGGUCAAUGUGGUGGAAUAGGAUUUGCGGGACCCACUUGCUGCUCCUCUGGAACUUGCAAGACUUCCAACUCCUACUACUCUCAAUGCCUCUAGAUAGGAGUGCACGCACUCGUAGCUGUAGGUCGUGGUUCGUGCUUUUGUAUGCAGACGUUUGCGACCACUCUAUCGUGGUUGUGUUUGAAAAUCUUGGAAUGUGUUGUACAAGGGUUUCGUACGAGAAGCGCUCGUGUAGUUUGUUAAUAGCGCUGCUGGCAUGGAUUGGAAAUUCAGAGGCUGUCAUCCUGCGAUUCGCUCUCUCUCACGACGUGUCAAAGAUCUACACAGAAAACUAAUACGCC